GGUUAAGCCAAUCAAUGCAAUAAUCGCAGAGCGUUUCUUCAGGACUAGUCGUCUAUUACUGAAAUUAACGGCAAUUUGGAUAAUGUAGCAAAAAUUAGCCUCAACUUGACAAACCUUUCUUUAUUUGUACCCGGCUCAGGUAUAUCGGUCGAUACUAGGACGAUUAGGCGGACAUUUUCAAAGUUCUUCAUCUGUGUGUUGCAACUAGGGGACUUAUCACGACCAUGGCUAAAGUUGAGAUUACAGACGAGUUAAGGGACGAGUAUCGGUCGGCGUUCGACAUGUUUGAUAAGGACGGGGAUGGGACAAUCACGACCAAGGAGCUGGGCACCGUAAUGAGGUCACUAGGACAGGACCCUAGCGAACAGGAACUCGUUGACAUGAUUAACGAGGUCGACAUGGACGGCAACAAGACCAUUGACUUUGACGAGUUCUGUUUGAUGAUGAAGAAGCGGUCGUCAGAACAAAAUGCUGACGAUGAUCUCAGGGACGCCUUUAACGUAUUUGACAACGACGGUAACGGCUACAUUUCGAUGUCGGAGCUGCGCCAGGUGAUGAUAAACCUCGGGGAGGAAAUGACUGACGAGGAGGUGCUCGAGAUGCUCAAGGAGGCCGACAUCGACGGCGACGGGCAGAUCAGUUAUGAUGAGUUUGUGCGGAUGAUGACGAAUAAAGACUGACCAUAUACCUGCUACAAUGCCUUCUAGUGAUACAGUACAUGAACACUGAACAUUUCAAGUGUUCCUUACAUUUCACAAGUGCCAUUGCCAGACAUUCCCUGGGGUGCGGCUGUAGUUUUAUUGACACUUGAACAUGAACAUGUUCAUCAUCAUUUUCUGCAAUAAGGAUCUCGUAUUUAAAGUUUUUAAAUUGACUGUAUGACCAAUAAGUGUGUAUCUGUGCUUGAAGGUUAUGUUUUUCUUGUGAUAUGUCAAGUGCCGUGAAAUUAUAUACACGUACAUUGUUAAUUGAGGUAUUAGCCAUGCAAAGGAUUCUUUUAGUUUUUAGGUCGAUUUAUAUUUAAUAUACGUGAUCUGACCAAAUCAACCGAUUUGCUCUUUAACAUUUUUUUAAAUGUGUAUAUUAUUGAAACAAAAUAAAUAUACAUGUACGUA